AUGACAUCACCGAGCUUACCGAAGAAACGAAAAGCCGAGCCGAUUCCCGAUGAUGAAGCGGCACUAGCGUCGAAAUUGUUCUCUAAUCGAAUCCUUGCCAAAAAGGAGUAUGAUGAUGAUGAUGAUUUUGAGUCGGAUUUGGACGAUGAUAUACAAGUAACAGCUGAGGAAACCACUGUUUCAAAAGCUGUCUGGCACGAUGAAGACGAUGAUGAAAGUGGAAAGUUGAUACAAAUCAAGAAGAGCAAAUUGACGGACCAUUUGAGGAAAACCACAGACGAUGGAGAGGGAAUUUCGAAAGGGGAUUUUCAACAACGUUUACGCGGUGCUUUCACCAAACUGAAUUCCCGAGGGAAACAACCAAAAUGGGCACAAAUGAGAGAAGAAAAAUUGGAUGAUGAUGCGGAUAAUCUUGUGCGAGAAAUCACACAUACAGCUGGACG